AUGGGAGAACGCAAAGUCCCAAACAAGUAUAUUCCGCCAGAUUUUGAUCCGAAGAAGAUACCUCGUCUCCGAAAACCGAACAACCAGCAAAGGAAGAUUCGAUUUAUGCUACCGGUUCGUAUUCGUUGUAACACAUGUGGUAAUUACAUGUUGGAAGGCACUAAAUUCAAUUGCCGUGAAGAUGAAGUCAUCAACGAGACGUACCUAGGGAUUAAAAUCCACAGGUUUUACAUCAAGUGCACCAACUGCUCGGCAGAGGUGACAAUUAAAACCGAUUCAAAGAACUCGGGUUAUAUUGUCGAAUCAGGUGCAGUUGGAGUUUAUAAUGGACUCGAGGAAGAGGAGAAGCAUGAGGUAGCUGAAAGCGCCUUGGAGUCGUUAGAGAAGAGAACUAAGGUAUCUAAAAGAGAGAUUGAAGUUAUGGCUGCGCUUGAUGAGAUGAAGUCUAUGAAGUCUAGAAGAGCCUCGCUGAGCUUAGACUCACUGCUUGAGGCUUUGAAUAGAAGAAAGAAACUAAAAGAAGAGAACGCGGAGGAAGAAUUGCUCAUUAAGUCUAUCAAAUUUGGUACGAGGACUAGGAUUGAUGAAGAGAAAAACGAUGAGGUUUUGGAUGAGAAGAAGACGAAGAAGCCUAAGAGACGUGUUAACUGUACAUCUCCCAUUCAAAUAUCUUCCGUUCGCAUAGUCUCGAAGAAGACUGCAAAGGUAACAAGGGGACUCGACUCUCUGUGUCACAACUACGGCUCAGACAGCGAUGAGGAGAAAUAA